GAAUGCUAAAUCGCAAAAGCAAAGGGGCCAAAGAGAAAAGUGAACCCCAAACCCUAGACCCCAUGGAAGCGUGGCCGCCUCUGGCCCCCGCGCCCGCCGCCGCCGGCGAUGCGGUGGCUCCCCCGCCUCCUCCCGCCGCCGCCGCAAGCGGUGCCGGGGCGUGGGGGUCUGCGGCCGUGGUGCAGCGGAAGGCCGUUGAGGAGGACUCGGCGGCGCAGGCGGUGAGCCGCCUCGUGGCGAGCUGCGCCAGCUCCAGCGGCGUGGCCGUGGCCGUGGUGGACGCCAAUGCCGCCAUAUCCGGCGGCGCCGCGCUCGCCACCACCGCGGGGCGCCUCGUGACGGUGCCAGAGGCGCUCGAGGAGGUCCGCGACGCGGCCGCCCGGCGGCGAAUCGCGCUCCUCCCCGCGCCUGUGGAGACCGUUGAGCCUGCACCCGAGUUCGUCAAGAAAGUUACCAAAUUUGCCAGAGAAACAGGAGACCUCCAAACGCUUUCAGAUGUUGAUAUCAAGAUUAUUGCUUUGGCGUACAUGUUAGAAGCUGAGAUCCAUGGGACUAGCCAUCUGCGGGAGCACCCUCCUCCUCUGCGUGUGGUGAAUGUCAGAAACUUGUCAGAAGCUCCGCUGCCUGGUUGGGGCUCUAAUGUGCCUAACCUAAAAGAGUGGGAAGAGUUGGAUCAGUUGUCUGAAGCUGGUGGAGAUAUUAAUUCUCGAAUACUUCCACUGAAAGAUCUUGAGAACCAAGAUAUCCCGAUGAGUGACACCAACGGUAUUUGUGAGACACAAGAGGAUGCAGAACAUCAGCUUUCAAAGAAAGAUUCAUGUGUUGCAUGGGAAGAUGAUGAGAAUAACGAAGGUUGGUUGCCUGCUGUUAGCCGCAGCACACAGAGAAGAUAUUUGCGGAGGAAGGCAAGGCGUGAUGCCCUCAAGGAGUCUGGGCAAAGUCUCGAGACAAGUUCUGUUGCUCCAUCGAUUGAUGGUGAUAAAGUUCUCUCUGAAAAUGGUGGCUAUGGCUAUGAUGUGACUCCAGUAGAUGGCCCUUCUGCUGUCCCUGAGAAAAUGGAUUCAGGUACCAAUGGUUCGGAACAUCAAGAAGUGAAUGAACCUGAAAUCGCUGGAGUUCAUUUGCAUUCUGAUCAACUAGCUAAUGGGGAUGAUACUGAUGCGUGCACUAAAGAAAUCGAUAGCCUAGAUAUAAAAAGUGAGACUGAGGGAGGUGAUGAUGCACAUUUUGUAGAUGAUGAGAGCAGUGAGCAGAGUUGGGCCCUGAGAUCCUUAUCUGAAUCUACUGUAGCCUGUGUUACUAGUGACUAUGCCAUGCAAAAUGUUAUCCUGCAAAUUGGCCUCCGUCUCUUGGCACCAGGUGGCAUGCAAAUACGUCAGCUGCAUAGGUGGGUUUUGAGGUGUCAUGCUUGCUAUAAGGUGACCCAAGAGGUUGGAAAAAUAUUUUGUCCAAAGUGUGGCAAUGGUGGGACCUUACGGAAGGUUUCAGUAACGGUCGGUGAAAAUGGGAUCACUAUGGCUUCACGACGCCCACGUAUUACACUUCGUGGCACAAAAUUUUCCCUCCCAAUGCCCCAAGGUGGAAGAGAUGCCAUAACUAAGAAUCCUGUUCUACGUGAAGACCAACUUCCUCAGAAGGUUCUUCAUCCGAAAUCGAAGAAACCAAGCAAGCAGGAGGAUGAUUUCUUGGGUGUCGAUGACAUAUUUUCGCACGCUGGUGAAAAGAAGUCACCGCUCAAACCUCCAGUGAGGAAAGCACUUGCGAUGUUCAGUGGGAAAAGAAAUCCGAAUGACAACCACUUUUCUCGCAAGAAGCACUAAACUCUCAUCUGACUUUCUGUUCUUUUUCACCGACCCAUAUACUGUAGUCUCGUUAUGCAAUGUUUGAAGCAGAGUAUGUGACCCAGACUUCUUUUUUUUGCUAUUGCGGAGAAAGUAUGUCAUACAGACGUAGCAUGCAUGUAUGCAGUUUUGCUACAUCUAUGUAAGGUUAUUGUUCUAUUGCUUCACUCAUAUCAAACGGAAUGAGUUUCAAAUUGGUUCACAUGUGUGAGA